CCUAGUCUGUACUUAAUAAAGAGCAAUCGCAUAUCGACAGAAAGUGACUUGUUACUUCAAGGAUGUCGACGUAUUUUACAAUAGUGGUUCUUUUACUUUUGCAGUUGUGCGGAAGAAUUGAUUCUACGAAAGAAGAGCGUCUGGAAAGCCUUGUGAAAAGACAGGGUGAACCAGGGUGUGUAGACUGGAAUGGAAUAUUUCGACCUGAAAAUUCAACAUGGAUGGAGGGUUGUGUGGAGUACUCGUGUUACCAAGGGGGCUCAUAUGGACCAAGUAAACUAGGAUGUCGCAGGAACACUGACGGCGUAUGUGUUGACAUCGGGGCGCAGUGGUACGACGGUUGUAUUGGGUAUGAGUGCUUCCAGGACGGUGGUAGUUUUGGCACGAGGGUAUUUAAGAAAGCAUGUAGUGACGGCGCCGGAGGCUGCAAAGAUGUAAAUGCUACAUGGGUCAAUGACCAAUGUACAACCUAUCAGUGCUUUGAAGAGGGGAAUUAUCUCGUUAGUAGGGUAGUAAAUCAAGAAUGUAGAACAUGUUCUGGUUCAUGUGUUCCCCUGGGCUCUGAAGGGUUUUGCUAUAUCAUUGGCGGAAAUACCUACCAGAACUGUCGCUGUUUCCAAGACGGAAAUUACAUCAGAUAUCAAUGUAGCGGUUUCUAUGGUUACCAAGAUAAUCAGGAAAUCAGGACGCGCAUGAAUGUAUGAAUAUGAUUUGCAUGUUGACAUAAUGUUUUCCAAAAAUAAAAAAACCGCAACUUCUACUGUU